AACAUGGCGGCCACACCAGCUUCCAGCGAUACCGAACAACAUGAUAAAACAGUCACUCAGGUCGACGAGGAGCAAAAGUAUGUGUUGCAGGUGGGCUGGAAAGUACUCUUCAGUUUCACCACAAAAGAGCACCUGCCGGUUCUCUUUGCUGCAAUUUUGAGCGCAACCCUCGCUGCUGCCACGAUGCCCGUCUUUUCAGUCGUCUAUGGCCUCAUCUUCAACGUUUACUCAGACUAUGGCGGCGGCAAGUUGGACAACACCCAGUUUCUCGACAAUGUUGCGACAUAUUGCUUGAUAUUGACGGGCAUUGCUUCCCUCAACUGGAUCACAAACAGCGUUUACUUCUUCUUUUUCCUCACAUUUGGAGAGUUGCAGGCGAAGAGUGCUCGAAAGAAAAUCUUCGAUGCCCUCAUUCGGAAGGACAUGGCAUGGUACGACACAAGAGAGAGCGGUAUCGUGGCAUUUCUCCCAGCCGUACAAAUGCAUAUCCGAGACCUCCAAUUAUCGAUGUCCGCACCGAUCGGCGAAGGAAUACAAUGCAUUGUACAAAGUUUAGGAGCUCUAGGAGUUGCAUUUUAUUACUCCUGGAACCUCACUCUUGUCGUCAUUUGCACUGUUCCGCUGAUAUACCUUGUUCAAGCCGUCUUAUCGAGUCGACUAUCGGUUCGAGCACAUGAGCAAGCCGACCAGCUGCAACGAGCCCUGAAACACAUCACGAAUGCGAUACAGAACAUUGAAAUAGUCAAGUGCUUCAACGGCGAAGGGCAUGAGCUACAAAACUUCAGAACAGUUACCAGUCUUUCAGCUCGCCUAUACAAGCGCGUGGCCAAUCUAAGAUCUCUACAGAUUGGCAUCAUGCAAUUCUUCACCCUCAGUGUGUUUGUCCAAGGCUUUUGGUACGGGAGCCACCUUGUACACUCGGAAAACAAAGAUACUGGACAGAUUAUCACUACUUUCUGGGCAGCGUUGAUGGCUAUUCAGGGCAUCACGGGUUUUCUACCUCAGUUCAUCGUCUUGCAGAAGGGCAAACUUGCAGGCGCCAAACUUCAAAUGCUGUUGAAGCAGAUUUCGAAUAGCGAUCAGCAGCAGGAACUACAAGGAGACGUGAAGCCUGCAGAGUGUCCAGGCGAUAUAGAAUUCCGAAAACAGGUAACCUUCUCCUACCCUACACGUGCAGACGAGACCGCCAUCCGCGACGUCUCCUUAAAAUUCCCUGCUGGUGAGACUACUUUUGUUGUUGGAAGAAGCGGGUCUGGAAAGAGUACGCUGGGCCAACUUCUCGUCCGAUUUUACCAGCCUUCCUCCGGUCAAGUCCUUCUAGAUGGUGUUGCGCUGAAUGACCUGGACGUUCAAUGGUUACGAGAGCAUGUCACGCUGGUCGAACAGCACAGUGUUCUAUUCAAUGACACCAUCCGGCAGAAUAUCUCACUGGGGAAGCGGAAUGGGAGGGUCAGCCUCGAUGAAGUCAAAGAUGCAGUCAGUUUUGCCAUGCUGGAUCAGGUUGUUCAGGACCUACCUGACGGCUUAGAAACCCAUCUUGGCAUGAAAGGUGACUCUCUGAGCGGAGGCCAAAAGCAAAGGAUGGCAUUGGCUCGUGCCAGGGUUCGUGAUGCUCCAGUCCUUGUCUUAGACGAAUCGACCAGCGCCCUCGACUACAUCACACGAGGUACAAUUCUGCAAGCUAUACGAGAGUGGAGGCGAGGGAAAACUACCAUUGUCAUCACGCACGACAUCUCACAAAUCAGACAGACCGAUUUUCUCUACUUACUCGACAAAGCUCAGCUAGUCCAACAAGGAUAUCGAAAGGACCUCGAGAACAAGCUUGGAGCUUUCCAAGCCUUCCUAGCGUCACACAGAGAGGAGGAAGAAGAUGAUACUUCCAACGAAGCCUCCUCCGGGGAAGAAGGCGAAACAGAUGAACUCGAAUCUGUUUAUGACGAGUUGUGGGAUGUGCGCCCUCCAAGAAACCGUCCACUCUCCGCGGUAAUCCUUGGGGAGUCAAUAUUAUCAUCCUUCUUUAACCAAGGGCGUGCUUCCUGGGCAGGAAGCGUGGUGGCAGACCCAGUUCGAAGACUUACAAGAGCUGAACGUGGAGAGACGGCGGACGCGAUACCACUUGAAUCAAUUGAUCUUACGAGGGCUUCUGGAGCUCCUUCAGAUGUCCUCUCGUCAGCCCCCACUGCCUAUGAGUCGAUGGGUCACACCUCGAAACGGACGUCAAUGGCUUCGUAUCGUGCUCCUCAGCUUGGAACGCCUUCGAACAAGCGCCGCAGUUCUCUAUCAAAAGAGUUUGGCCUUAGGCCAACCUCCACGUACUCAUCUCGACCAACUUCACGUCAUAUCACCUAUCCCCGACGACUCUCUAUCGCUGAUGCCCACUUCUCACGGGUUGAAAACGAAAGUAAACCGUCCAAGAGGCGGGGGUUUCGCUCCAAGAUGAGAUCCCAACGCCAACGAAAAGGUAUUAAGGGGCAGGGUUCUUCAUCAGAUUCACUUCCUCUCCUGGAGAUAUUCAAGUCUGUGUGGCCUACACUGAAUUGGCGCUCACGUCUAAUUCUCUUUGGAGCACUCAUAGCUGCAUUGGUUCACGCGGCUGCCACACCAAUCUUUGCCUGGGUCUUCGCUCAACUUCUGCAAACAUUCUACACGCCCGAUCAGACCCAGAAGGCGCUCAAAUGGGCUCUUUCCAUCCUGGGGAUUGCGGUUGCUGAUGGGAUCGCGAGUUACUUGGUCUUCUUCCUCUUCGAUAUCGUCGCACAGUCAUGGACGCAUGCACUCAAGAUGGAAGCGAUGAAGCGCAUCCUCAUACAACCCCGAGAGUUCUUCGAUCGAGAGGAAAAUAGCACGUCGCGCCUCGCCGAGACCCUAGACCACUUUGCUGAAGAAGCCCGGAACCUUCCUGGUCGUUUUGCUGGUAUCGUCGUCGUGAUGGUAUUCAUGGUCGUCAUCUCUGUCGUCUGGAGCAUGCUCAUCUGCUGGAAGCUUGCACUUGUCGCACUUGGAACCGGGCCUAUCCUCUAUGCCAUUACACAAGGCUACAAUAUGGUUAGCACCCAUUGGGAGGGACUCUCAAACGAAGCGAGCGAUAACGUCGGGCAAUUGCUCCACGAAACCUUCAUCAACAUACGGACGGUGCGUUGUCUCGUGCUAGAAGAUGUCUUCCGCGAGAAGUACAAAGCGGCAACCAUCACCGCAGCUAAUGUUGGCAUAAAGCGAGCGCUAUACUCCGGUUGCAUAUUUGGGCUCAACUUCGCUGGUGUUCUGUUUGUCACUGUGCUACUGUUUUGGUACGGCGCUUAUAUUGUCUCCCGAGGCGAAUACACAGUCUCGGCCAUUACAGAGACAUUCUUGACGCUCAUGCUAAGCGUAAACUAUGUCAACUACAUUGGGAACUACAUCACGCAAAUCAAUAUCUCGAGAGAGGCUGGAUCGCGGCUUCUCCGCCUGGCGAGACUACCCGAAACGUCUCACGAGUCGACUGGAACUAUCCGAAUCCAGACAGCAGGCGACGUCACACUGAACAACGUUAGCUUCACUUACCCCAGUCGAAAGGAGCAUCCAGUUUUACAUGGUGUUUCCUUCAGCAUACCUCGCGGAAGCUGCACUGCCAUUGUUGGCUCGUCCGGGUCCGGCAAAUCUACCAUUGCGUCCUUACUGCUAAAGCUCUACCAGGCGGAUUCAAACAUACUCUCCGACUCCAGUGCUGCCAACUUUACAGUAUCAGACCACGACAUCAAAGCCCUGCACACCAGCACGCUGCGCUCUCGCAUGGCCAUUGUAUCGCAAAUACCUACCCUCUUCCCGGGCACAAUUGCCGACAACAUCAUAUACGGACUCUCUCCAUCGUCACCGCAAGCCUCACCAGAAAGCAUCAAGGCUGCCGCAGACUCCGCAGGCAUAAGCGAGUUCAUAGACAGUCUACCCCAGGGCUACCGAACGCUUGUCGGCGAGGGCGGAACCAGCCUCUCAGGCGGCCAGGCACAACGCGUCGCCAUCGCUCGCGCACUUGUCAGGGACCCUGAUAUCCUCAUUCUCGACGAGGCAACGAGCGCGCUGGACGUCGCGUCCGCGAGUGUUGUGCGCGAGACUAUCCGGAGACUGGUGCAAGGGGGAGGGACGGAGAGUGUUGGGGUUUCGCCGCGGUCGAGGUCUGGCGGUGUGUGGGACGACAAAGAUUGGGAGGCUGGGUUUGGAAGUGGUGGUUCUGGCGCGAAAGCUGGAAUGCCGCGCAAGCAGAUGACAGUGAUUGUUAUCACGCAUGCGCGCGAUAUGAUGGCGAUUGCGGAGCGCAUUGUUAUGUUGGAUAAGGGGCGUGUGGUUGAGACGGGGACGUUUAGCGAGUUGAAGAGGAAGCGGGGUGGAGCUUUUGGGCGGCUGUUGAGGGGGGAGAAGGAGGAACAAGACUGAUAACGGUAGGAGGG